ACCCCUUACUUAAUUGAAGACUUUGAAAAUCAAAGAGUUGAAGAGAUCGAAAAUGAAGAUUUAAAAAAUAUGUCCGAUAAAACUCAUUUUUUAAAUAUAAGAUUAAGUAAUACCAAAGAUUGCGAUCAGAUAAUUAACUAUCAAAGAGGCUCUAUGCUAUGGCCUAUGAAGCUACUACUACUUACUCAUUCACGCGUAAGAUAUUAUACAAAGGACUUAACAAGUAACGCCACUGAAAUAGUGGCUACGAGAAGUAAAACAAUAUUGUUAGGUGCAUAGUAUUUUGUGUAUGUAGGUCAUACUUAACAAUAUUGUUUUGUAUCUCAUUAUUAAUUUUAAAAAUACAUUGUUGUGUAGCUGCUCUACAUAGCUGCUGUGGUCCUUUGAGGCGGAUAAGUAUGUAUUAUUAAUUCUCAUAGAAUAGAACAGAAGUAACAUAUAAAGCAGCUAUUAGAAACUAAUUUAUGUUAAAGACAUGAUAAGUAUACUGAAGUAAAAAAGGGCAGCUCUAAUACGGUUGUAUCGAAACACUUAAUUAGCUAAUACAUAGACUGAACAUAAUAAUUGUAAUUCAGUAUUGACACUGAUAGACAGCUUUAUUAAAACAUUUUCAGUGAGAACAUCGUGCCUGUUCCAGCUAUCAGCAUUAAUGACGAGCAUACCAGCUAAUAUGAUUUCAUGUUCACUCUGUGUUUAGCUCAAAUUAAGCCAACCCCACUUACGUUAAAGCAGUAUAUUAUCAUUUAAGAUACGUAAGACAUCGUGUUUUUCGAUUAUUUUAUACUUUUUACACGUAAUAUUAAAAAUAGAUUGUUAUAUUUUCUUGUUCUUGUUAUUAUUAAUGUUUUAGUGUGUGUUCCUUGUUACCAAAGAAAUUUAUAACUGUACAUUUUUGCCAUACAUAAAUAUGUUUGUAUUAUGGACUCAGUAUUCCUGUUAAAAUGUAUAUUUUUUGCAUUUGUUACUGUUAUUUAAGUUACCUAUAAAGUUCAAAUUUUAAUCUUGCAAUAUUUAAAAUAAUAAUUGAACCAAAGAAUCUUCCAUUCGAUUCUUAGCCAUAAACUGUUAGUGCCUUAACAUUAAUAUAAAGUAUACAUACUGUUAAGUAAAUUAUAACUAAUAAUAAAUGUUAUUAUGAUUUUUAAGCAAUAUUACGAGAAGUUGGGACCUCUAAAAAUUCAUUCUGUUUGCGUGUGUAAUGCAGGUGACAGUUUAAAUUGAAAUUACCAUCGUAAUGAUCAAAUACACCAACUUUUAUAUAAGAGCAGUACGAUUUCUAAAUUUUGUUGGAUAAUUUUACAGAGUUAUUAGUUUAAUUUACAUUUUAAAAGCAAUAUUGUAUGACUUGCUCUUGCUCUUCCUGACAUAAAUAAAACGUAAACAGUUUUUUUUUUAUAAAAAUAGAAUAGAUGGUCUUCUAGUGGAGGUGGUGUAUUUGAGAGCAUUAUCUUAUGAUUUAAAUUACUGAAGGGAGAUUAAAUGUAUCAUCCUGUAUAAAUAUUUAUAUAUUUUUUAGUAAAUAUUGUUAACUAAAACUUAUAGACCCACCAACAUAGUUAAGGUUCUACAUUGUUGGUAGAUUAAAUUAACUAAUAUCUUCAUAUCAGCACAGCUAAUGUGCCUUAAACUUUACGUAUUAAGAACUAAAUUUUUUAGAAAUUGUAUUUGGUUACCUUUUUCAUUUUGACCCGUUUUAAAAUGGUUGUAGCUAUCUAACUUAGUUUUAAUAGUUGCAAGUAUUUGUGUGUGACCUAAAAGGUGUGUGUAAAGAAAUUUCUGAGGCAGCUGUAGCUUGCAAUGAAAAGAAGGGAUUCCACCAAUUUAGUGGUGGAAAAAAAAUGUAUACUAACUAAAUUCACCGUAGAAUGCGUAAUAUUUUUGAUAUACACAGACCAAAUGUUUAUUAUUGUUAAACGUAAAGUAUUGAAAAGUUGUUUUGUAACUUUAUACAAACAAACAAUAAUUAUUAUAAAUCUUACAUUUUACCUACCUGAUAUAAAUUAUUCGAGUAGCAAUUUAAAAAUCAAUAAAACUAAUGUUACUUUAACAUUUUAUGAAAUGCCAAAACAUGUGUUCUGGUCAUUAUUAAUUAGUAAAUAAAUAGCACAAUGUUUAAUACUUGAUUGAUGUAUUUUUGUUUUUCAGUGAUAUGGAGUGUGUUUGGUUUGUUCUUUUAAACAGGAUUAUGCAUGCGAAUAAAUGUUCUCAAUUUGAUACAAAGUUCGUUUUGUCUGUGAAACAUUCCUAUCCAUGGUGAAAGUUGAGAGCGCUUCAAAUGCAUAAACGUGAAGUGGAUUUCUUUAAAACUAUGAUGCAAAACAUGUUGCCGGUAGUGCCCAUGAAGACCAAGAACUUCUGGUCACAUUACGACAUGUCGUACGAGUGCGAGAAGUGCAAGAGGAAGUACAGACAUAAGAGCACGUACAGACGCCACGUUACGUACGAAUGCGGCAAGGAGCCCAUGUUCAGGUGCCCAUUCCUCGAUUGCACAUACAAGGCCUACCAGAAAACCCACACGGAUGCUCACAUAAAGACGAAACACAAAUUAAUGGCCUUAGAAUAUAAACGAUGAUGUUAGGAAAAAAGAGUAUUAUAUGAAAUUGUGAUAUUAAAGUUAAAUACUUAUAUUAUUAAACGUAACCUGUUUUAUUUAUAGUGAAUU